UAGUACCCUCCCCAAUCCGUCAUGUUUGUUGUCACACUCAGCUGAAAGAAGCGGAGCUCAUUGAAGUGUAGGGUAAACAGCAAAAAGCUUUUGGGCGAACUUAUCUCUGGCGGAAAGAGAAACGCGGUCUGUUUCAAAACACCAUGGCGUCGAGAAGAACAACAACAGUGCCAAGUACUUUCAAAAAUGCCUCCACCGACUCUAAAAGCUCAAAAAGUGGGAGCAAUGCAAAUAAAGCCAACAACAGUGGAACUGGGAAGAAAGGUGUUAAAUCAAGCGGAACUAUAGUCAAGUCUCGAUAUAUGCAGGCUGCUGAGAAGACAUCACUUUCAAAGAGUAACUCACUGACCAAUGAGUCUAUUGCUGUGCCACCACGGCCUUCCUCACCUAAACCCAGUGGUGUAAGACCAAAGGUGGGCACUCCACCAAGACGCUCAAUGGCCCCACAGGCUCUAACAUCAAUGUCACGUGAAACAGAACCAUCACUGCUCGGGAAAAGUAUUCUGCAGUCUACUUUCUCAGAUGGACACUGCUUUCGACCAGAUUUUGACAUAUCAGUCAUUAAAGAUAAAACAGUGAUAGAAAAUGCCACCGAACCUGAGAGAAACCCAGAGAUUGAAAAGAGGGACAUUAACAUGCAAACAUUCCUACUGGCAUACUUAACAGCUAAGAUAGAGCACAAUACUUCAAAACUUAAAGCAGAGGCAGAGGCAAGGAUUCUGCAGAUGAUGGAGGAAGAAGAGGCACUGCGUAAUGAGGUCCAUGAGAAGAGGUGCCGAUACCUGCUUGCAGAAAAGAACAGGCUGGGAAAUGAGCUACUGGAUUUGCAGAUUGCUGCACUGACUCCUGUGGCAGAGGCUGCGAAGCAGUUCACAGAGGACUACAAAUGUUUUGCAACAGCUGUUGACACCACCCGACAUGAGCUGCCUGUGAAGAACUUCUACAUUGAUGGGGACAGAAGAGAAUUUCUAGAUAAAGCUGAAGCUUCCCUAAAGGAGAGUGAGAAGUUGCUGAUGGAGUGCACAGAGGGAGAUCAUAAGGACAACAGCAGCUCUCUAGAGUGCCUUAGGGACAUAAAAAUGACAUCAAAGGACAUCGGUCAGCAACUGCCAGGUGCAUUUUCAGAGCUGCUGGAACUGUCAUCAUUGGUCUGCCGCCAUACAAUCCAUGUCCAGCAAAGUAUUGAGGAGGAGCAUCUCGGCACACCAAGAACCCACGAGCUCUACUGCCCCAAAAAGUGAAAGAUAAAACACAGGAAGGGAUACACAGUACAUGCACUUUGAAACACACACACACACACACACACACACACACACACACACACACACACACACACACACACACACACACACACCCACCCACCCCCACACCAAUUUCCCCAGUCUGUAUAUAUUAUAUUUGUGCCAUUUGUCUUUUAUGUGUACUCUCAUUUCUUUGCAGCUGUAUUAAUGGGAAUUUUUUAUGUUGAAUGAUGACUGAUUCUGUUUUAUAGAUGGAACAUUGUUAAAUAAAAAAACAACAAUAAAUGGUAUUCUAGUUUUAUGUUUUAACUACAGCUGCAAAAAAAAAUCUAAAUGGAGUCUUACCGCUGCAUAUACAAAUACAUAAGCAGAGUUGUAAGAGUUAGGAGGAUCAGACAAGUUUAAAAGCGCAUGUUCAAUGUACAGUACUGGACAAAAAUUUUAGAUUUUAAAGGUAAUGAGGAUGCUUUU